GUGAAAAAUCCACAACCACUGAGAAUUUACUCGCUGAAUGCACGCAGUUUGAAACAUGGCGGUGUAAAAAACUCGCCACGUUCCACUACGAAGGCGAAGACUUUGCAUCCAAGCAAGAAAACCGGCGUAAAUUGCUCACCUGCGCGCUGGAGAUUGAAAAAGCGAACGAAAUCCUGGCGGCGCGUCAACACGACAAACUCGUCGAGUACGACUCAUCAGAUGCAGAAGAAAAAGAUGAAGACCGCGCGAAUAAUUCCGAUUACCUGAUGAGUAUGACCAAAACAUCCAUCAGGAAUAAAUUAUACUUUGAUGAUAAAGUAAAUGAUAUAAUAAAUGAAAUCCAGGAGAGGAAAAGUACAAAACGGAAACUGGAAGCGUUGUUUGGCGAUAAUGGCGGCGAUGGGCGUAACGCAAAAAUGUUUAAACCUAGUUUAAACCUAAAUGAAUUAUUCCCGGGUGAAAAUGGUGCGAAUCGUCGUAAAAAACGUCCGCCGGCACGUAGACAACCAGUUGUACAAGCAACGCAUGCGCAGAUUACUCCCAAUGUGCAGCACGCGCAAGUUUUCCCAUUGGCCACGCCUAUGACCGGGCGGAUACAGACAAACAUGGCGCCGGUGAUUGUGAAUAAGCAGCUGGAACAAUUACCGCAGGUCUGCCUGCUGUGCGACCAGCAGUUUCCGAAAGGCACGUUGCUGGCGAAGCACGUGUUCGACACGCAUGGUAUUGACAUGGCGCAGGUGCUGAGCAGCGAGCCGAUACCCGAAGGCAUGACGCGUACACUGCAUGCCAACCUGCAGAAUCUCCAAGCGAGUAUGCAACCCAACAUACAUAUUCAACCGGAAUUUAAUUCUGAUGUGAAUGUGUUGUUGGAGGAGAAAUCACCGGAGAGUCCGAAGACUGCCAGCGCGGAGAAGAAGAAAAAGUUACCGGAAUUAGUCAAGAUAACCGACUUGAAAACAAAACGUGAAAGUAUUGAAAUGAAAGUUCCUGAAAACGAUGCCCCGCCUACCCUGACAGCCAGUUACGUCUGCCCGCUAUGCCCCGCCUCACUCACGAACAAAACCGAUCUCUACGCGCAUCUGCGCGUACGCCAUGCGCAACACGCGAAACUCACAUGCGGAUUAUGCCUGCAUAUAGGCACCUCAUUACACACGCUACAAGAACAUCUUGAAUCCUGCAUGAAAUCACACAGCAUCAUCGGAUAUUUCGUGUGUCAAGUAUGCAAAUACGCCGAGGACACAAAAAUCCUCGAAAAUCACAUCCUGGUACAUGAUUUCCUCUUGGCUGACUGUAAAAAAGACGGGAAGAUAUUCGACCCGUCUGAUUUCAUGGACACAAAUGAAUCCUGCGAGCCUAAAUUUUACAGCUGCACUGAAUGCGGAUCUUCACUCCAAAGUUUCAAAGAAUACAGCAGUCACAAACGCUCGGAACACUCAAUAUUCCACUGCGAUUUAUGCAAUAAAAGCUAUGGAAGAAACUCACAUUUAUGGAAACAUGUGAAUCGGGUACAUAAAGGUCACCCGAGUGUAACAUGUCAGUUUUGUUACAAGACAUCAGCAUCAAAGUAUCACCUCCUGCAGCAUUUCAACAAAAUCCACACGCAGAAAGCCGGAAGUAUUAGUUUGGGCAGUGCUAUGACUUCAUCAUCUUCAUCUAGUGCUACACCAAAGAUCAAAAACGGUGAAGUGUUAUCCGAGUUUGAAGAGGAUGAUUUCAUGAUGAAGAAAUUCGAUCCGUUUGACUUUCAAUCAGUACGGCAGAGUUUCAUGCGUGCUGAGAUGGAAGCAAAGAAGACUACUCUUCAACAACAACCAAUGCAUGACACGGAUAUUCCUAAAAAUAAAUCUAGGAAUACAGAAAUGCGUGAUUUAUCCUCCCUGAAGAUGCCGACUGUUCCCCCGAAGGAACUGGACUCAUCCUCGACGAUUUAUACAAAUAUCAUCACGAAUUACACGCCGCCAACUAAUGACGGUGAAUAUAAAUGCCCCAAAUGUUCCAAAGCGUUCCACAAACGCACACUACUCAAGAAACACAAGAAAAACUGUCGGCCAAGACUACAAAAAGAUUUACUAACAAGAUGUAAGUCUUGUUCGAGGAUUUUCAAAGACCGGCAAUCACUGGCGAAGCAUUUAGUGAAUUAUCACUCCGAAUAUUCAUGCGAGAUGUGCGAUGAGAAGGUGCAAUCAAAAUGCGAGAUUGUCUCACAUAUAAGAUUCACACAUCCAGGGAGUCAUCUGAACUGUCAACAUUGUGGUAAUGUUUUAAGAAAUAACGAUCUUUUAAGGGCGCAUUUACAAGACCACGCGAAUUCAUUCGUGUGUCAAUUCUGCGGGGAUAUUUUACCAUCAAAAAUCAAACUAAAGAUGCAUAUUUUGUCUUUACAUAGGAAGAUAUUAUCCCUGAGUUGUGGUGUGUGUUUAAAACUGUUUGAAAGCCAGCAUAUUCUGCGGGAUCACGUGAGGAUGGUGCAUAGAGAAGCGCUGCAACCACUGACUAGUUGUACUGUUUGUGGGAAGAACUAUGGAUCAAAAUGGAAGACGUAUGAUCACUUGAAUAAAUCCCAUGGGCGAGUAUUUCGUGCUUGUAAAGUCUGUCUGGAAGUGUUUAAUAACGAACAGGAGUUGCAGACGCAUGUGGAUAUGCAUCACUCGAAAGGUAUGAAGAAAUACACACCGACUGAGAGUUUGCCUCAGUUUAAACAAGAAGAACAAGUGCACAGGAGUGAUAUUGAGGAUGAAUCGGAGGUGGAUGAUGAUGAUGGGGGGAUUAAAGAUGAGUAUGAAGGGAAGUCUAUACUUGAGAAGCAUCUAGUCGGCGCGUAUGUACACAAGAGCAAUAAUAAUUCAAAUAGUAAUGCAAAUACGAAUUCACAAACGAAACAAAAUGGCCUCUCUAUGUCUCCCAUGACGCCGAAGAGUCAAGGUAAUAAGCAUGCGCAUAGUGAAGAGUUGAUUAAUUCCAGUAAACGCACGGUUUAUGUGAACUCAAACGAUCCAUCCGUGUGUGAUAUCUGUCACAAGAACUGGCCGGCGAAGAAACACCUCUGGCAGCAUUAUAUAAGGUGUCACAAACAAGUCGCCGCGACUGUGUGUGGGAUUUGUUUGUCUACGAAUAAAAGCUAUGCGGAUCUACAGCGACAUUUGAAUAGUGAGCAUCCUACUCUACUGCAUGGAAAAGGGUUUGGGUCGAAUUUUAUUUGUAGGAUUUGUGGGAGGUAUCAUAAUGCGAGUUCGAAGUUGAAGCUACACAUGGCGAUUCAUAUUAAAUUCGAUUGGUCGUUGUUGGACAACCCGCCGAACACGCAGAGUAUGAAUAUGAAUAUGAAUAUUAAACAGGAACAAGUUCAAGGGAAUGAUUAUGAAGAUGAAGAAGAUGAGGAGCAGGAUGAUUUGCCUGAAGAGAAGAUUAAGUUUAAAGUGAAGAUUAAACCGCCGGUGAAGAAUGAAGUUGAGAUGAAUGAUAAUAAUGAAGAUGUGAAUUUUGAGAGUAUGAUUGAACAGGUGGAAUGCAGCACGAAUUCGUCGAGUAGUUCGGAGAGUGAGGGUGAAGGUGAAGAAGUUGAAGAGGCUGAAGAUGAUGGUGAUGGUGAGGAGGGUGAAGAUGUUGAAGAUGAUGAUGAGGAUGAUGAAGAUGAAGGUGAAGUUGAAGAAGAUGAAGAGCAGAAUGUUUCACAGGCGGAGGAAGAAGAGCAGAUUGAUGAUGAGCAGGAAGUUGAAGAAAUGUCGGAUGAUGAUGAGGAUGACGAUGAUGACGAAGGUGAAGAUGAUGAAGAUAUGGAGGAAGUACCAGAGGCUGCACAGGAGAUAAAAUCCGAGGUGGAGAUUUUCGAAGAAGAAAUUGAAGAAGAUGAAGUAUUAACUGAAGAAACAGAAAAUGAUCAUGAUAAUGAUAAUGAAAACAUCCAAGAGCAGGAUAUGCAAGAGCAAGAACAAGAACAAUUCGAAGAGCAAGAAGAAGAUGAAGAAGAAUACGAAGAAGUUGUUGAAGAAGUAGUCCAUCAGGACGACCUCACAAUAUACGAACAAGAAGAAAUCAUCGAAGAUUCCUACAUUGAAUCAAACGAAGACGGACAAAUCGUCAUCAAACACAUUGUACACCAUGACGUAGAGGAAAUAGACGAAGAUGACGACGAAGAAGAAGAAGACGAUGAUGAAGAUGAAGAAGGCACAAGUUCACUAUCACAAGAGAUAAUCUACGAGCAGGAUCAAGUGACUUACGUGCAAGAUGGCGUCGACUCAGCGGUGCAAUCCAUCUGUUAUGAAGAAGACGACAGCUGUCAUGAUGGCACCGUCGCUGAAGAGUACGAAGUCCAAUCCACAAACGCACCGGGGAUGAAUAACCAGCAUGAGAUCCAGAGUGCAGUCGAUAGUAUCCUCUAAAAGACUAACAGACAAGAAUACUCAUUAUACUAAUGCAUAGUGAUAUAUGACAACAUAACCUAAGAUAUUGUAAGCAGAGGGCGCUGGCAGACACGGCGGAGAUUCAUAUUUUAACACAUUCCAUAUGUUUUUGCUUUUUGAUUUUCGAUUUUUUUCUCUAGGAUAAAGUUUGAGUUCGACAAACAAGAGUUGCCAUAUAUAUUUAAAUAUAGUGUGUACACGUAAGGAUGAUAUAUUUAAACAACCUACAUACAUAUUAUUAACGAUAGCGAUUAUUUUUCUACGUACCGUUUAAGCGCACGACUUUAAUAUUGGAUACUGUAUUCAACUCUAACCUACAAGUUUAAGUUAGGUGUAAGUAAGAUGCGUUACCAACUAAGUUUAAAUUAUGUGUAUGAUGAUGAUCAGAUGAAUAUUGUGACAUUCCCGUGGAGGUUAGUAUUCAUGAAGAAUAACGUAUUUGCAACACAGUCAUUACGUGAAUAAAUAUUUUCUAGAUAAAA